GUUGACUUCUGAGCUUGGAUUCAAGUCCCUGAAGGGCACCGGACACCUGUGAUCACCAAGGAGAGGAGAGGAGACAGGACCAUGUGGCUGUCCCCAGCUCUGCUGCUUCUCAUCCUCCCAGGUUACUCCAUUGCCGCUAAAAUCACUGGUCCAACAACAGUGAAUGGCUCGGAGCGGGGCUCAUUGACUGUACAGUGUGCUUACGGCUCAGGCUGGGAGACCUACUUGAAGUGGUGGUGUCAAGGAGCUGAUUGGAAUUACUGUAACAUCCUUGUUAAAACAAAUGGAUCAGAGCAGGAGGUAAAGAAGAAUCGAGUGUCCAUCAGGGACAAUCAGAAAAACCACAUGUUCACCGUGACCAUGGAGAAUCUCAAAAGAGAUGAUGCUGACAGUUAUUGGUGUGGGACUGAGAGACCUGGAAUUGAUCUUGGGGUCAAAGUUCAAGUGACCAUUAACCCAGGCACACAAACUGCAGUCCCAGAAUGGACAACCACAACAGCAAGCCUGGAUUUCACAGCUGCAGCCACCCAGAAGACCAGCAGCCCCCUCACCAGGUCCCCGCUCAAGAGCACCCACUUCCUGUUCCUGUUCCUCCUGGAGCUGCCUCUGCUCCUGAGCAUGCUGGGGACCGUCCUCUGGGUGAACAGACCACAAAGAAGGUCUUAAAGGAGGAAGAGUCAGCCCGAUGAUGAGAGUCCCAAUGCCCAUUGACGUCCUGUCCAGGGCGAAAGGCCCUCCCACAGAAGAAAAAACAUUUUCUUUUCUCUUCUUUUUUUCUUUCUAGAGAUAGUCUUGCUCUGUCACCCAGGCUGGAAUGCAAUGGUGUAAUCUCUGCCCACUGCAACUUUCCCCUCCCAGGCUCAAGCGAUCCUCCUGCCUCAACCUCCAGAGUAGCUGGGGCUACAGGCACAUGCCACCACCCCCAGCUAAUUUUUAAAUUUUUUUGUAGAGAUGGGCUUCCACCACGUUGCCCAGGCUGGUCUCGAACUCUUGACCUCAAGAGAUCCUCCUGCUUCGCCUCCCAAAGUGGUGGGAUUACAGGUGUGAGCCACCGCACCUGGCAGAGAAACAACAUUUCUAUGGGGAAUUGACUGUGGUUCUAGAGGCAGUGCUGGCCCCAGCUUCAGGGAACAGCCUCCUAGUCCCCUAUCUCCUGCAGCCAUGCCACCUGGGGCUUUUCCCUUCUCUGCACAGUCCCUGGGGCCUGACAGAGCCCUUCUUCCUUCUGAGGUCUCCAAUGCAGUAGAAAACAUGAGAAGAAUGUGUUUCCCCCGAGAGGCACCUGUGCCGUAGUGGACAUU